GGACAUGAUCUGUUUAUGCCUCUCUUUAUUUCUGCAUCAUAUAUAUUAUGAGAUAAUGCAGACAAAAAUAUUGCUCACUUUGCCUGUUGGAACUUCCGGUCUAUUGAUAGGUCUCCUUCACCAAAUCUGGCGAAGAGUCUCGAUAUAUGACCCAACAGCUGGCCAUACCCAGCGAGAAAACUUCUCUUCUCCGUGCUUGCCAUUGAAUUAAAAUAGAUUUCGAUCCUUCCGGUAAAUCACUUGUUCCCUGAUACAUGUCGUCGUAACAAAGCUACAUCUAGGUUCGAAGCUUCCGCAAUCUUGAGACCUAUUUUUGGACCUGAAUUGGGCAGCAAUAAUUUUCAUAUAUCUUGAUGAUCAUACUGGCCACCGCCUUAACGCCACAUGACUCAAGAUCAUAGUAUCAUGAAUAUAUGGAAUUAUAAUUCAGGUGCUUUAAAAUACAAACAAUGUCCAUGUAGUGACUGCCAUUGUCUAUAUUAGCUUGCAUAAUCACCUCACAGCAUUCAUGAAGCAACCAGCACCACUACUCAAUUCCUUUUCUUAUCGAUCUUAAUUCAAAUCUCGCGAAACUUAAAACAGAAAGCCAUUAUCAUAACAAAAUGCCUUCCGGAGAAAGGAGGCCGCGUCUUGAUGGCUGGGGGAGGUUCAAAGUAACGUUUAUUACGUUUGCAUUAUAUGCUUUAGGGUUCCCCAUCUUGUUGUUUCAUAUUCUGCUACUUAUCGGCUGUGCAACCAACUCACCCGGUAUGGACAACAUCUACGUUGCUUCACUCUCCGACGGUGUUAGAUUCUCCUACACCUCCCUCUGCGCCCCCACCACCACCGGCCGCACCUGUGCGCCCUCUGUCGGAAAAUCUCCCCUCAUCCUCACUACCCUCUACAACUUCACAACUCCAGCCGCCACUCUCAAAUACGUAAUCGAUGUACAAACAAGAAUAUCCUUCGUCGUCCCCGCCAUGUCCGCUCUCCUCUUCCUCUCUGCCCUCCUCACCCUUUUUUCCGCCCGUGGAAUCAUACAAAGAAACGGAACCAACCCUCCCUCCCACGUCUUUACCAUCACACUCCUCUUCUGGUCUUCCGCUGCCGUAGCUUUCGCCGCGGCUUAUUCGCUCACCUCAUCCGGCGCAGCAUUGGCCGUGCAUUUCCCAUCUUCCCUUUCUUCCUCCUCAAAUUCAAGCAGCGAAAAUACAGAGAUGAACAUCGAGCCCGGAAAAGUAAUGUUAGCGCUCCAAUGGAUAACGUGGAUUUUCAGCACCGUAGCCGCGAUGAUGAGCGGGAGUAUUACGAAAACAUUCUUGAAUGGAGCGUCGUCGAGGAGGAGGAGGAAUAGUAGAAGUGGGAGUCCGUAUGCGAGGCGGCCAAGUAUGAGGAGGGCAAAUGGAUCUUCAGUUCCUCCAUAUAGUAGAGAUCAUGUUCCGAGAUCAGGAAGUCCGGUUUCGCCUAUUUGA